AUGGACAUGAAUCAACUCAGCCUCAGCAAGUCCAGCAAGCCCAGCCAGUUUAACAUAUCGGUCCCAGUCUUCGUGCCGCCACCUCAAGUAUACGCGCCACCCGAGCAGCAGCAAGGACCGAUCGGCCUCUGUGUCGCCUGUAACCAGUUCCAGAAUCUAGCCACCAUCCAUAAUCCCCCCUUCUUCGAGGAGCCACCGUUAUCAGAACUUAUCAUCGGUAAAAGGAAGAACAGACCCGCUCCUCCGCAAAGACACGAUGUCGUUAUGCGAUGGAAGAACUACUUUGGUGCCGGCCACUUGGACGAUUGGCAGCGUCUAUGUUCGGAUCUGGGGUUGACUGGUGACUUACCUAGCAAAAAUAAAUGUCGUCAGGCUCUAAGAAGCAUCAACGUCAACAUCUGGGACUUCCUCCAUGCCGUCGACGUGGGAGGCAUCCCGCAGAUAUUCCUCACCAAGAAAGAGCUUGUCUAG